AUGUUACCAAAAGACACUGAACUUCCAUCAUUUAGUCUUCACACAAUAAAAAACGCUCCAAGCUUGACAUCUUCUCCUUAUUCCCACGCUCAAUUAAAUAUAAGGAGAUCUCCCUCACCAUUCCAGCUUAAAAAGCACUAUAGAAAAUUCACUCAAAUUCACCCUCCCAAGCUCAACCAUCAUCGUGAGGUCAGCAGCUGUUAUUUAAGUCCUAUAAACUCCCAGUCAUUUAUAAACCUUAAUUCAUCAAAAAACCUUAAAAAAGCAAAUGAUUCAGAAAUGAAAAAGACUAUGUUUAAGACUGAUCUUAUGCUGAAUAUAGAGGUUAUAAACCAAAUAAAAAAAAAGCUCAAAAUUGGUUUGAAAAAUUCAUCUAUAUCAAAUGAUCAAAAAAUUCCUCAAAAAUUUAAGUCAUGUGUGGAUGCUUUUGAUAAAUUACUGCAAGCAAUGCCAAUUUUAUCAAUCCUAAAAUAUUUGAAAAAUACAUUUAUUGAAAUUUAUAAUGAAAAAUCUGACGAAAAAAUACCUCAGCUGGAACAAGAUAACAAAAAGCUUAUCACGAAGCUACUUUUAUACAAAAGGGAGAAUAAUUCUAUAACUCUUCCGACAUUUUAGUGUGAGAAAAUAAUUGUAAAUGCCCAAAUUUGAGGGUUUUUUUAAAAAUGAAAAAAAAAUGAGGCCUACAAAUUAAAUAAAAAAAAAUUACCUACACAAAUAAAUUGAGGACUUAUAAUCCACCUAUACUCGCCUAUUCAGAGUUUGAGAGCUUUCAGCAGCCUAAAUCCAAACUGGAGGCUAUGGGUACUAGAAUUUGCCUAAUUCGCAAAAAUUUACUCUCUAAGCAAGUUAGAGUAAGUCAAAAAUUAAAAUGUCUGUCUGAUGAAAAUAUUACUUUGACAGAAAAAAUCGACAUUUUAAACCAAGAUAUAAGAAACUUAAAAGAAACAAAAAUAGGGCCUAGUAAAACUGUUUAUGAUAUUAAUUUGCUAUUAGAAGAAACAAGGAAAAAAGGAGAAGUCAUAAGAGACUUAAAUUUUGAAAUUUACGAUUUAAGAAGGAAGGAAAACUAUCAAACUGAGCUGAUUGAUUUUAUAAGAAAUCAGAGUUCUAUUGAUUUUUCAGGAAUUUUGAUGAAGUUUGAAAUAGAAAAGGAAAAAAAUAAGUCCAAAAAAAGGCCGAGUUUGGUCCCUGCACUAAAUCUGCCGAAUAGUAAUUUAUUAGUAUCGCAAAGGCUUGAAAUGAUGGAGGUUCCUAGUGAUAGUGAUAGCGUAGAUGGGUCUUCGUCGUCAAGCUCUUAUAGCAAUAAUGAAAUUCUAUGUGGCACGAAAAAUCCACUUUUUUCUGAUAAAUUAAUCACAUUAGCAUCAAGCUAGAUCCUGCACAAAUAGAAUUUUGGCCGACUAUCUGCAAAAGUGAAAGUUCAGGGCGAAACUCCUGGUUUCACUCUAAGAAGUUGUCCGAUAGGCUUAGGAGGCUUUAAUGUGUUUCCCCUUUCCAAGUCUAGUCUCAUUUCUCUCUAGAUAAAAUCCAGCUCUGAAAGCUGACUAAGACUAAGCUCUAAACGAGUUAGGAUUGCUUACCUAGCAUUGAUGCUAUUUCUGGGCUGGUAAACCUUGCCAGAUAUAACCAUACUUAAUAUAAUAAAUUAAUCACAAAAGAAGGAAUAUUAGCAGAUUAG